UGCACUUUCUUGGAAUAUCUUCUGAUCAUUUUGUUGCUUUUUUCAAUUUCUUAAAAUGUUUUUGAAAGUUAUGAAAUGUGAAUUGAUUCUGUUGCUUGUUUUUAAAACAGUUAUUGCUGUCACAGUACUACAUGUGAAUAUGAUUAAUUUUGAAUUAGAGUAUUCUGUGACCUACGAAAAUUGGUGUAAAUCUGACAAAGACAGAUUUCAGUUUAUAAUUGGUAUAUCUAUCGAACAAUGUGUGGCAGAGUGUGGUGCACGGGGCCACUGCAGUUCUCUUAUCUAUAGAAGUCAAAUCAACGGAUGUGAGCUAUUUCUCUCUUCAGAAACGGAACAAUCAAAUCCCGGCGAGUGUGUACAUGUGAAAAAGGACGACAUCAAAGUUAUAAAGAGCCCUUGUCAAGGAGGCUGUGAGCAUGGGGAUGUAUGUGAAUCAAUUGAUUCCAAAACGGAAAAGUGUAAAAUAAAAGAGUGUAUCAACAUAACGGCCCCAACCAACGGUAAAGCUCUUGGAAAUCAAAGGGGAGUUGGAAAUAAGAUCCGAUACAUAUGUAAUCCAGGAUACGAACCAAAAAACGGCGUAGAACCUGUAGCUACAUGUCUUUACAACGCACAAUGGAGCCAUAUUACAGAAUGUGUAAAAACUAACUAUACUUGGGCCACGUGGUCACCAUGGAGCACAUGUAGCGUAAGUUGUGAUUCAGGAACUCAAAUUAGAUCAAGAGAGUGUUCUAUCCGCAUAGAAAGCAAUGGGGAAUUGUCUUGUGAUCAAUCGGAUGUACAAAAUGAUGAGACUCAGCCAUGUUAUGUGCGACCAUGCCCUACCCACGGAAAGGGUUGCUUAAGUGAUUUAAACUGUCUAGAAACACAAGGUGUGUGCAUACAACGAAAAUGUUUCUGUCAUCAGCAAUUUGCAUAUAACAACUCAAUUAAAAACUGCACAAAAGUUUGCCAAACAAUGACGACAGGCAAUUAUACUAAAUUCGAAAGAAAAGCGAUUACCGGUUUUAACAGUAAUGAGGCAGAAUAUGGGAGCUUGGAAGAAUGUAAAAUUGCCUGUACCGAAAAUCCUGAAUGUUUAUCCUUCGAAAUAUAUCGAAAACGAUCGGGCGCGAGAUGUACAACAGGAUAAGUAACAUAUGAUAUGAUGAAUUCAGUUGAUCCCACAAAGAUUAGAGAUGAUGACGGCUUUGAUCUGUAUUCCAAAACAUGUUCUUGACUUUCACGUGUAGAUAUAGAUAAAAAUCAAAUCUGAAAAAAAGGUAUCUAAUAAAUGAAAAGAAGUUUUAUUGUGGUUUGAAAUAAUAUUUAAGGUAAAUU